AUGGCGUCUGCGCCCGAAAACCGAGAGCUGCAGGCAAUUGCCCCCGGUGCCGAACAAGACAACGAUCCUACACCUAGCGACAAGAAGCCAUGUAGUAGAUCGCCUGUUCACCCUAUUCCACAGUUGCAGGGCCCGUUCGAAGAAUCAAUCUUCGAGGCAAGCCAGAAACAAGAAACCCAAUGGAUCGUCAACCUUGACGCCCAGUCUCGGAGAAAAGGGUUGCUCGAAAAUGACCAGUAUGAACGGCUUUGUGGGAGAAAAUGGCGCCAACGAGCUGGCGAAAGGCAAGUGAAACUCCAUAGGACCAGAUCAAGGGCACUUUCCUUACCGUCGACCAACAAGCUAAUAGGUCACAGAUAUCAUCCUCUGUGGAAGUUGAUCUCUCAGAUCUCAUUUGGAGUGCAUUUGCUGGCCAAAGGAUUGGCGAAAUCCAACCUAGAAGUUUUGAAGAUCCUCCAGCGUCAUGUGGAUGAGCUUGACGGAUUCAUUGAGAGAAAUACCGAGGACUACUUCAUCAUCCAGGUUGACGUCCGCACAAGGAUUCAGUAUCUCAGCCUGCCCCUCCAGAAUUUGGAUGUUUUUGAUGAAAUGUUGCAGGAUCGCAACUUUCGCCUCGCUAUGAUUGGAUACAAUGAGAAGAUCGAACAUGCAAUCGACCGAUUUACCAUGGCAGUGAAAGAUUCCCUCAAAGACAUCCAGAAAGGAAGAGAAGCAAUCGGUGCUUUGUGGCAUUACAUCGGAAAAUCUGCGAAAGAAAAUAGGCCCCUCCCCUGUGACUUGGUCGCUCUCUAUAACGCUAUGCUGGCAAAUACAGAAGGCUGGAACAUGGCGCUGUCUAAACUUAGCAGAAAUGGAAUGGCCCUUGAGUCAGCUCUUGCACAGCUCGGUCUGGCCAUCACCGAGAUGCAACGGCGCAUAGGGAUUGCAAGCAGGAGAGAUGUGGUUUCGCUGCUUCAGAAUCCCGACGGAGCUUUCCACCACAGAUCAUCAAAGAAGCGUUUCUUCGGAAAAGCUUUAUCCAUCCGCGCAUCCCGCUCCUCUGCCUUAGCGAAGCCACUACCUUCUGACCCAGAUACUUUGGCAGCAGUCGACCCGCGCCCCAUAUCCAGGCAGACGCGAGGUCACCGAAUGUCACAGAAGAGCGUUCCAAACCUCCGAGCUGCCAAAAAUUCCGAGGAGUUUUCAUCGGAAGCUGAGGAACGAGGCCGCGCCAAAUCCGUUCACGGUGCCCCUGAAAAUCGGGGCUCUACCACUUUUCUUCCUAGGAUACAGAGUAGCCUCAGUAGAAGAUUUUCCCGGGCUAGACUCGCGACAAAGCAGAACGUGAGUGGAGAUGUUGAAGGGACGCCGAGCAAACGACCCGCCACAGCUCCUUCCAGAUCACUCAAAUCUCAAAGCACUUUUCUGGAACGACCUCAAAGCCUGAAGCACAACAAUAAAGAUAAUGACAAGGACACAAUGAAUACAACAGUCCCGCUUCCGCCAAACCGUUCUUCCAAGUCCGGGCGCUUGGUCAGGCCGGACACCAUAAAAAAUCAGCUGUUGCACUUCUUCCAGUCGGACAGAGUAGUCGAGGCUUGGGAGAGCGCAGCGAACAGAGAGAAGAAGAUUUUUCGCUCGGUGUCUCAAAAGAAAAAAGGGGGCCCAUCGAGCGUGUUCCGUGCAAGGGCUACUGAUACCUCUGAUAUUCCUGGCUCGCGGACGACCUUCUUUGAAAAGGACUUAGAGCAACAAAUGGCCUGGCUGCAGGAAGGAACCGAAGUACUGAACACAUAUUCGUUAAAGCCAAGACGGAACGUUGCUCCUAGAAUUCAUGUCCUCUCCGUACAUACAAGCCUGAUUCAAGAAUCAGAAGAAGAACAUUACUAUGGCGAUGAGAUCAGGGAGAAUUCUGCCGGAGAUGGUCAAUCAAGAAUAACGGCCCUUCCGGCACCACCCACGAUCCUUGAGAGAUUUCCUCGUGUUCCAUCUGUGUCCGGAUGA